UAAUUUUGUUAUCUCCUUUCCCCUCUUUCUGUCUUGAUAAACAUGCCAUUCCUGAUAACCCAAGCUAUUUGUAUCGUGCUCAGCAAAUCAAAGUUAAGUCACUGACAGGCAACUGACGAUGUCACAGCUAUUGUUGAGAAAGAGCGGUUUUGUUUCCCAAUUUCAGAUGGCGAGAUACUUAGUGACCGAACCAAAAUAUGGAUUUUUGAAGCAAUUGGGUAUUACCGUCGAGAAUCCUGGGCUCUAUGACGGAAAGUGGGGUGGAUCUGGCAAGUUAAUAGAAUCGAUAUCACCGGCAACCGGCAAAGUAAUAGCAAAAAUUCGCGAAUCCACGCCGCAAGAAGCUAGCAAUGCUAUAACGGAGGCACGUAAAGCAUGGCCACAAUGGGCAUCCAUGCCGGCGCCGGCGAGAGGAGAUAUCGUACGGCAAAUAGGUGACGAGCUCAGAAAAAACCUGAAGCCAUUGGGAAGCCUAGUAUCUCUGGAAAUGGGAAAGAUAUUACCCGAGGGUAUAGGCGAGGUCCAGGAAUUCAUCGACAUAUGCGACUACGCAGUCGGAUUGUCGCGAAUGUUACCUGGCAGCGUGUUCCCAUCAGAGAGGAAGGACCACGCGCUCCUGGAGAAGUGGAACCCUCUGGGUGUAAUCGGCGUAAUAUCCGCGUUUAACUUUCCCAUAGCGGUGUACGGCUGGAACACCGCUAUCGCCAUGAUCUGCGGUAACGCCAUUGUCUGGAAAGAAGCGUCGAGCACACCCUUGGUGGCUAUUGCAACCACCAGGAUCAUCGCGGACGUCCUGGAGCGCAACGGUGUCCCGGGUUCCAUCGCAUCUCUGAUUACGGGUGGAUCGGAAAUCGGAGAGACUUUGGUGAACGAUAAGCGGGUGCCUCUUGUUUCGUUUACCGGAAGCACAAACGUAGGAAGGCAAGUUGCUCUCAAAGUUCAACAGAGAUUCGGGAGGUCCUUGCUGGAACUCGGUGGUAACAACGCAUUAAUUGUUGCGGAAGAUGCCGAUUUAGAAAUGGCAGUAAGAGCAGCAGUUUUCUCAUGCGUUGGAACGGCUGGACAAAGGUGCACCACAACCAGGAGAUUAAUAUUGCAUAAAAAGAUAAGGAACGAAUUUUUAGGAAAAUUAAAGACGGCGUAUAAAAGUAUACUGGAACGAAUGGGAGACCCAUUGGACGACGGUGUGUUAUACGGACCAAUGCACAAUCAACAAGCAGUUGAUGAAUACAAGGCAGCGAUACAGAAAGCUGUAGGAGCUGGUGGCACAAUAGAAUUCGGUGGGAAGCAGGUAGAACGACCCGGUUUCUACGUCGAACCGACGAUCAUUUCGGGUCUGCCGGCUGAAGCAGAAAUAGUGCAGCAGGAGACCUUCGCUCCGAUCGUUUAUAUCUUAGAAACGAGCUCUUUGGAGGAAGCCAUCAAUCUUAACAACAACGUGGAACAAGGAUUGAGCAGUAGUCUCUUUACUAAAAGUAUCGGAAAUGUAUUUCAGUGGAUCGGCCCCCGCGGAUCAGAUUGUGGAAUAAUCAACGUCAACAUCGGUACCAGCGGCGCCGAGAUAGGUGGUGCGUUCGGUGGCGAGAAGGCUACGGGCGGGGGCCGGGAGAGCGGAAGCGACGCGUGGAAACAUUACAUGCGGCGUUCGACGAUCACGAUCAAUCAUGGAAACGAGCUACCUCUGGCCCAAGGCAUCAAGUUCGAGUAGAAUUGAACGGGCGCAUCAAUUCAACUCGAAUCGUAUA